AUGGAUAGUAACUUUGAGGCCUUAAAUUGCCUUCAGAGCUGCAUUACUGAGGAGGAUAAUGUUCUGUUAAAUGCCAUACCUACAAUUCCAGAAAUCCAGGAUUGUGUCUUUUCACUUGACCCUGAUAGUGCCCCUGGCCUUGAUGGAUUAAGUGGCAUGUUCAAUCAAAAAACCUGGCAUAUUAUUGCUAAUGAUCUUCACAGAGCUAUUAAGGCUUUCUUCAUAGGUGCUACUCUUCCCAAGUUUUACACUCAUACUUGUCUAGUCCUUAUCCCCAAAAUUGAUCAACCUCAAGAUCCAAAAUACCAGACUCUCCAGUAUUCUUCCCAGGAUCAUCUCAAAAACCUAAGUGGUUUUGUAAAAGAAAAGACUAUCCCUGAAAACAUUCUAGUGGCACAAGAGACCGUUAAUGAUAUCAACAAGCCUAAUAGAGGAGGAAAUGUUAUCAUAAAGCUUGAUAUGACCAAAGCUUAUAACAGAAAUUGGAUUGAGCUUAUUAGAAACGUCAUAUCCAACAACUGGUACUCAGUGCUUAUUAAUGGUGGAAUAAAUCGUUUUUUCAAGUCUUCUAGGGGUCUGAGACAAGGGGAUCCCCUCUCCCCAUCCCUUUUCAUCUUAAGUACUGAAAAUCUGUCUCAAAUGCUUAAUAAGCUGCCAAGAAAUCCUAGGUACAAAGGCUUUUGGAUGAACAUUAUGGGUCCUCAAAUAAACCAUUUGACCUUUGCAGAUGACACUAUCUUAUUUUGCAAUGGGAGUAAAAGACCUAUGCAAUUACUCAUGAACACUCUGUCUAAAUAUGAGGAAGUGUCAGGGCAGCUCAUUAACAAGAAUAAAAGUUGCUUUGCUAUGGGGGAGAAGACCAGCCUGAUUGCUAUCACCAGAGUUAAGUUGAUUAUUGGAAUGAGAUUUCACAAACUCCCUAUGAAAUAUUGGGGAUGUCCACUUUUUAUAGAAAUAAAGUUAAAUGAUCGCAUUACUGACUUUGUAAACAAAGUUGUCAACAGAAUUAAGGGCUGGCAUACUCAGUUCUUAUCAACUGGUGGUAGAGCCACCCUGAUCAGACAUGUCCUACUUGCUAUGCCUAUUCAUUUGCUUACUGCUAUCAGUCCAACCAAAGGAACUCUUGAACUCAUUGAAAAAUACAUUAAUAGGUUCUUUUGGUCUAGACAUGACAAUUGA